AUGCACGCGGAGCCGAUAACACCACAGCAAGAGCGCAUUGGCCUCCGAAGGAGCCUCUAUGCGCCCUUCAAUGCCAGGAAGAAUAAGUUGGCCACGCAGGCCUACCUCCGAGCUGCGGAGUUCGGGAACCUGAAGGCGGUUCGUGCGUUGGCCCUGGAGGACAAAGCGGAGCUGAGCGGACAGCGGUGCAAGGACUUCUUGGGCUGCGAUCCGCAUCACCUCGUCGAGUCGGCGCACCACCUGAGCAACGACGAGCGCAAGACUCUGAAGUAUCAGUUCCGUGAACUCCCAGAGGUGCUCAACGCUGUAGGAACCGUGAAGGCCCUGCCGCCCAAGCUGGGAAAGUCUGCCAGCCAGCCUUUUUCGGACGACGGCCCCAAACGGGAGAGACCCUCCACCCCGAUCCUGGCGAAGACAGGUGGCAUCUCCGGCCGCCUCGCGCGCUCGGAGAACAACCUCACGCGCCUGGCCGGCACAGUGGCGGCCCGGCACCACCUCUGCGAGGCUACCAAGAGCCAGCCGCAGCUGCUGUGGGAGAAGGCGCGAACCGGCGAGCAGGCGCUUCCCGCGCUGGCCAGGGCCCUCCGCAGCGAGCGGCUGGCGGUUCUGGCGACGCACAACAACCCCAGCCUCUUGCGUGUCAGCGAAGCCCAGAUCCGGAAGAUCAUGCCCACACUGGUCUCACUCUGCGGCGGGGCGGAAGAGGCCGCCUACGCCAUCGCUUCGCGACCCGAGCUCCUGCAGGUGGAGGCCGCUUCGAGCUUUCGGAGCGCGCUGCAGGCCCUGGCGGGCUUCUUUGGGAACCUGAAGGAUGGCUUGUUCCUGCUCGGCCAGACGACGGCGCCCCCAUCCGUGAAGGUGGUGGCCCGGCAGUUCUGCCGCGAGUACAUGGUGGGGGAAUACUUCCUGGUUGGCGGCGCCCAAGUCGAUGACAGACCAGUCUGGAGAAAGCCGGCAGAGGCGAUGGAGCACCUAGGCUCCAGAGCUCGGGAUGUCUAUCUGAUCUACUGCCAGAAGGGGGUGGUCGGGUCAGAUCAGCAGCAUCCCUGCUGGACCUUCGCGACCAACUACACCGAGGGGAUGAAGAAGCAGGAUUACUGCGAUCCCGAGAUCCUGGGCUGGGCAGCCUCCAAGGCCAAGUCGCCCGAUCAGAUCCCCGAGGGCGACUGGCACUUCCCAGCCGAGAAGCACAAGACCCAGGUACCAGGCCUCUGGCCCAGCGACCGCUACGUCGACUGCAUCGGCGGGGGCCGCCCACUGGGGCCCUGGUUGUGCCUAUACUCGCCACAGGACCUGCGGCAUGCCUUUGACCUAGUGCGCGUGGCCCUGCACGUCGCGUGGCUGCCGGGCGCCGACACCGGUCCGCGUUUGCUGGGGCACCUGCUGAAGCAGGACCCCGUCUUCCGCGAGAAGAGCAAGAUCACCUUUCUGGACACCGCCGACUUCGCGCACAUCCGGCGGUGGCUGUUCCUCCAGGUGCCAGCAACGAUACCAGACAACACUCCCGUCCAGCUGCAUGCCUGGGAGCCCAUAGAGGUGUGCAUGCUCUUCUGCGAGGAGGACGGUGCUUCCAGCUCUCACAAGGAGGUGCUGACAAAGGCCGAUUUCCGGCUCAUGCCCGAAGGCUCCGUGGUCAAGGUCUUCCCCAAGAUCGCCGGUGCGCCGCCAUUGGCACAGCAGGUCUGGGCGCGGACGUAUCCACGAGGGCUGGCCGAGAUCCCGAUCCCCUUGGGACCUUGCAAGCUACCCCCACUGGUAUUUGUCCACUCGCAGAUCUGCGCCUUGGUGCAGGGCACACGGCCCUGCCUCAUGGCGAAGCCUGUGCAAGAUGAGGAGCUUUACUUGGCGGACGCGGCAGAGGCCGCAGACGUGGAUGCAACACUCCUGCCGAAGCAAAAGCCGGUCAUGUAUAAGUUUGUGUCCCCUGGAGAGCUCGGCUACACAGGCUACACUCUCUUCAAAGGGCCGCCCUGCUCGCAGCAUUGCAGCCCAGCAGAGACACAGAUGCGCAUCGAGUCCACGGUACAGCUCCGGGUGGCUCUCCUGCUCUUCCCAACUCCCAGGUGCGAAGAGGAAGAGCUGCCUGUGGAACCGCGAAGCUCCACCAAGCGAAACAGUAGCAAGGAGCGGCCUCCUUCCAAGACCAGCGCCCCCCCGUCCACAUCUCCAUCGAAGCAAGCGCCGAUGGCAGCCGAGGACUUGCCAAAGCCGGGCUGGCUGCAAGAGGGCUGGGAGGCGAUCUCCCAGAAGGUGGCCACGGCCGUCGUGUCGCCAGCAGGUACACAGGUAAAAUGCAUCCAGGCUUAUGCACAGACCCUGGAGCCUGGGGAGGUGCUCACAGUGCCUGGAUGUGGACCUGACUUCUUCGCGAUUUUCUUUUUCAAGCAAACUGCCCCGGAGCGCCCCGACGUGGUGCGCCCCCUGCUGCUUCGCGAGCCGGCACUCCUGGCAGCAGGCGGCCACGUCGAGGCCCUACUCCAGCAGCUGAGUGCGGAGCUGGGCGAUGACAUGGCUCGGGAGGUCUUGGUGGCCGGGGCAUCGCCGUCGCCACAGGCUGCAUUUCAGAAGCUGACAUUCCGGGGAAGUGCUCGCACGAGCUGGCCCAGGCUGUGCCAGCAGGGUACCCCCGAGGACAUCGCGCUCUGGGUCUAUGAGCACAAGGUGGACGUGCUCGCAGAGAUCACCUCGGAGACCGCGGCGCGGGAGAUCCUGAAGAGCCUGGGUGGCUUGAAGGCCCCUGUAACAGUUCCACUCAUGAAGGAUCGCUGUGCAACGAUUCGCGAGCUCUUGGCCCGCACCUCCAUUUCAUCCAUAUUGGAGGGCACGCCGCAGCUCCUGACCCACGGCUCCACGACCCUGCGAGAAAGCUUCCGGGUGGUGGAGGAAAACCUAGGCACCAUGGCGGCGCGGGAGACGAUGUGCUCGCACCCGCGGCUCCUGAUGAUGGACCAUCAGCUUGCGGAGUUCUUCUCCAUCAUGCAGGACCGCUUCAACGACGCGGACCUCCGGCAUCUGCAGGAGACUGGUAGUGGCGGAUGGCCCAAGUGGCCUGAGAUCGUGGGCAAGAGCCGGUCAGAUGUCCAAGCAUGGAGAGGCCUUUUCUUCUGUCCGGUGUAA